AGCUCUAGAAGGAGAUGAUUGGCUAGCCGGUCGGAAGUAUCUUCCGCUUGAAGCUAGAAGGCUAAUUUUCUGCCCUUGUUUGUUUUUUUUACUAACAGAUAUAGAUACUAAUGGUUUUAUUUUUCUGGAUGAGAUAUACGACAUUACUCGUAAAGGGUCUCAUCGUCAUAAGGUCUAUGUUUGUAUGUUCCCAGCACAACUGGUAUGUCAUCAGAGGACAUUGAACUCACGGGUGGAUCGCGACAACGGUCAGCAGCACUGCAUUAUCUCCCUGGUCUUGAGGACUACGGAUGUCCCGUACACUGACCGCCAUGGCUGACAGCACCCCGGGGGGGUACGGGUCCGAGCCGGGUCCGCGGCCCGCUCCAGGGCCUUACAUCUCGGCCGUGACCAACAGGACCACAAAUCUGGUCAUCCGGGGGGCCAUGCUGUUCUCGGUGGGGGUCUUCCUGGCACUGGUGCUCAACCUCUUGCAGGUGCAGAGGAAUGUGACGCUGUUCCCACCGGAUGUCAUUAGCAGCAUCUUCUCUUCUGCCUGGUGGGUGCCCCCUUGCUGUGGCACCGCCUCCGCGCUGAUUGGCCUCCUGUACCCCUGCAUCGACAGCCGAUUGGGCGAGCCCCAUAGGUUCAAGCGGGAGUGGUCCAGUGUGAUGCGCUGCGUGGCUGUCUUCGUGGGCAUCAACCACGCCAGUGCUAAAGUGGACUUUGCCAACAAUGUCCAGCUGUCUCUGACUCUGGCGGCGUUGUCGGUCGGCCUAUGGUGGAGCUUUGACCGCUCUCGCAGUGGCUUCAGCCUGGGUGUGGUCAUCGCCCUGCUGGCCACACUGGCCACCCAGCUGCUGGUCUACAAUGGGGUUUUUCAGUAUACGUCCCCUGACUUCCUGUACAUCCGCUCCUGGCUGCCCUGUAUCUUCUUUGCGGGGGUCAUCACCAUGGGCAACAUCGGGCGACAGCUGGCUUUGGUGAGGCAUAGUAUUUGGACCUUGAUCCUUAAAUCAACAAAAGUUGAUUUAAGGUUCCCAAUGUUUUUUGUGAUCUAAAAUUACUUUAUUGUGGUAAUUAUGUAUGUAAGCUCACUGUAAUGCUAAUAAGCUAGGUAAGCAUCGAUGUGACAAGAAUGAAAUACAAAAAUGUAUUAAAUU